UGCAUUUUCCAGUCUGUGGUUACAACGCUCAAAGAGUUCCAUUAAAUCAUCAGAUUUUACAGGUUCCUUAAAAAAAAAAAAAAAAAAAAAGGGGGGGAGAGAGAGAAAAGUUUGGUCAUAGUAGGGAAUGAGUGAUCAAAGCUGAGCCAAAGCUUCCUGUUACACCGGGACUAUAUAUAUAGCGUGUCUUUAAUGUUGGGGGAUGUCAGCAGGCUGCUAGGAGGCUGGAGCGCUGGCUAGCUCUGCCUGAUUUCCCAGAGCGCUGAGGUUUCUUCCACCAACCACAAUGAACAAGUUCCUGUGCUGCACGCUUGUGCUCUUGGACAUCUCUGUCAAGUGGAGCAUCCAGGACAUCUCUCCCCCCAAGUAUCUCCAUUAUGACCCAGGGACAUCUCGUCAGGUGAUGUGCAACCAGUGCCCUCCUGGGAGCUAUGUAAAGGAGCACUGUACAGCUGACAGCCAAACAGUGUGUGCCCCAUGCCCAGAUCAGUACUAUGCCGAAGACUGGAACAGCAACGACGAGUGCCAGUACUGCAGUGCUGUUUGCAAAGAGCUGCAGUACGUCAAGCAGGAGUGCACGAGCACACAGGAUCGUGUCUGCGAGUGCGUUGAAGGCCGCUACUUGGAGCUGGAGUUUUGCUUGAAGCACACGGAAUGCCCUCCUGGGUUCGGCGUUGCACAGCCAGGUACUCCUGAGAGUGACACUGUUUGUAAAAGAUGCCCAGAGGGAUUUUUCUCCAAUGAAACAUCAUCCAAAGCAGUCUGUCAGAAACACACAAACUGCAGUGCUCUGGGUUUCAAAACAGCAUUAAAAGGAAAUGCAGUUCGUGACAACAUCUGUCAGGAAAAUGCAGAUACGUCAUCUCAGAAAUGUGGAAUAGAUGUAACCCUGUGUGAAGAGGCUAUGUUUAGGUUUGCUGUUCCUACUCAUUUCACACCCAACUGGCUGAACACCCUCGCAGACAGUUUGCCUGGCACAAAGAUCAGCACAGAAAAUAUUGAACGGAUUAAACAAAGGCACAGUUCACAAGAGCAGACCUUCCAGCUUUUGAAAUUAUGGAAGCAUCAAAACAAGGAGCAGGAUACAGUCAAAAAGAUUAUUCAAGACAUUGAUCUUUGUGAAAAUACUGUCUUAAAGCAUCUCGGCCAACCAAAUCUCACCUUUGAACAUCUCAACACACUGAUGGCAAGUCUGCCAGGCAAGAAAGUGGGAAAAGAAGAUAUCGAGCGCACAAUGAAAUUGUGUCAGCGUGCAGAGCAAGUUCUGAAGCUCCUCAAUCUGUGGAGAAUAAAGAAUGGAGACCAGGACACCAUUAAAGGUUUAAUGUAUGGACUGAAGCACUUGAAAACGUACCACUUCCCAAAAAGAAUCAUCCAAAGUCUGAAGAAAGUCAUUAAGUUUCUUCACAGAUUUACAAUGUAUAGAUUAUACCAGAAACUCUUUUUAGAAAUGGUAGGGGAUCAACUUAAAUCAGUGAAAGUAAGAUGUGUCUAAUUCCAGUUAUUUUUCGUUCUCCACUGACACUUUUUCCCUAAUUACUGCCAGCAGUAAUUAAACUGGAACGUUGUUUCCCUACAUUAUCUCUUUCUAUUUAUAGAAAUGCCAGACUGGAAUAGCUCUAAGUCUUCUGCAGUGUUCUUGGAGGUUUUUUAUUGUGUUAUUUGUUUGUUCUCUUGGUUGGUUUUUGUUGUUGUUGUUGUUGUUCUUAAUCACUUUUGUAAAAGCUAUUAACCUGUUGAUAACACUAAGAGCCUGGUUCUGCAUUUUCGCACAUCCAGAGUUGAAAAGCCCCACUGUAGUCACUAGAGGAGAAAAGAAUGCUGGACCAGGCUCUAAUGCAGUAUUUGCUAUUUAUAUUCUUUGAGAUAUAAACAGUUUUGUUGUACAUAUUUAUUAAGUUAAAUGGAAAUUGUAUGAGACUGAAUUUGGGGGAGAGAAAUGAAAAGCACACUGUAUAUUUUCUAGUUAAACAAAAAUGAUCCCAUAUAUUUUUCUGGCAAAAUUUUGUAGCAUGCUCUUAAAAAAAAAUCUUUAUUUCUUUACAUUUGGUAUUUAAAGAAGUAUUAUUACUUAGUUGUAUUUGUAUAACUUGUGUUAUCUUUGGGUAGGGAUGUUUUAAUUUAUCCAAUGAUUUUAUCUCAAAUGUGGUGAAAAUGUAAGUGACCUGAAUAUUUAAAUAUUCUGUGAGGAAGUGAAUGUAUCGUAUUUAAGAAGCUGGAUUUUUACAUAGAGUUUCAUAAUCUUAUUUUAUAAAACAAUUAAAUUUUUCAGAUUGCUUUUUGA